UCAUAAUUCCUCUGAUUCUACAUCGAUUUUAUCCAUCAAAAUUUACUUAAAAUUUGAAAAUAACAAGCCAGUGUUCAUUGUGAAACAUGUUGUCUGAUUUUUCGGCACCAACGACAGCGCCCCCUGUAUUGACGGCCAUAUUUGAUAUUUUACUAGUAUCUAACUGGGCUGUUGUGUUUUUCAAGUGAAUUUUUGUGAAAGUUUAUCCAAACAUAUAUUGCCAUGAUGGCUACUCCAUUAGUGGAGCAGAAUUCGACUAAUCACGCAAAUCCAAAUAAGGACCCCAAGGCAGCAUCAAAUUCUAAUGACCAAGGAUGGAAAGCAAAGUUAAAUUUACCAGAAAAAGACAUGCGAGUAAGAACCACGGAUGUGACCAAUACGAAAGGCAACGAAUUUGAAGAUUUCUGUUUAAAGAGAGAGUUAUUAAUGGGUAUAUUUGAAAAGGGGUGGGAGAAACCGUCCCCUAUUCAAGAAGCAAGUAUACCUAUUGCCCUUACAGGACGAGAUGUUUUAGCUAGAGCUAAAAAUGGAACGGGUAAAACGGGAGCUUACGCUAUACCUAUUUUAGAACGUUGUGACCCUAAUAAAGAUGAAGUUCAAGCUAUGAUAAUUGUACCAACGAGAGAAUUAGCAUUACAGACAAGUCAGAUUUGUAUUGAAUUAUGUAAACAUGUUGGAUGUAAAGUUAUGGUUACUACUGGUGGUACAAAUCUUAAAGAUGACAUCAUGAGGCUAUAUGAUCCAGUUCAUGCUAUUAUUGCCACUCCAGGUCGAAUACUUGAUCUCAUGAAUAAAAAUCUGGUUAAAAUCAGUAAAUGUGGUAUUCUGGUCCUAGAUGAGGCUGAUAAACUGUUAUCUCAAGAUUUUAAAGGUAUGUUAGAUAAUAUUAUCAGUUAUCUACCUAAUGACCGACAGAUUCUACUCUAUUCAGCUACAUUUCCCUGUUCUGUAGAAGAAUUUAUGCGACGACAUUUGAACAAUCCUUACGAGAUUAAUUUAAUGGAUGAAUUAACAUUGAAAGGUGUUACACAGUAUUAUGCUUUUGUUCAGGAGAGACAAAAAGUCCAUUGUCUCAAUACACUCUUUUCUAAGUUACAAAUAAAUCAGUCUAUUAUAUUUUGUAAUUCGACUCAACGUGUGGAAUUACUGGCCAAGAAAAUAACGGAGUUGGGUUAUUCAUGUUAUUAUAUUCACGCUAAAAUGAACCAACAACAUAGAAAUAGAGUUUUCCACGAUUUUCGUCAGGGUCUGUGUCGUAACCUUGUCUGUUCAGAUCUGUUUACUAGAGGUAUUGAUAUUCAAGCAGUUAAUGUGGUGAUAAACUUUGAUUUCCCGAAACAUGCGGAAACUUAUUUACAUAGAAUUGGUAGAUCGGGAAGAUAUGGCCAUCUUGGUGUGGCCAUUAAUCUCAUCACAUACGAUGACAGAUUUUCAUUACACAAGAUUGAACAAGAACUUGGUGCCGAUAUUAAACCUAUUCCUAAACAGAUUGAUCCCUCGCUUUACGUUAGUCAGUGGCACAUGGAGAAAGACGGGGACGAUGAAGGUGCACAAAAGACCAGUUAAUCUGGUUAAAUUAACGAUAUACCAUCAUGUGGCCCACAGAACCAAACACAUGUAAAUUAUUCAUAUGUAAAUAGAAGUAACAUCUUCUAAAGCAGAAUUCUUUUAAUAACAGGCAAAGUUGCAGUUUUUUUCAGAGCAUCUGCAAAAAUGGAGGAACAUUAAUUUUGAUGAACAGAGGUCGAGCACAAGUUAUCCCAAAGACAAAUAGAAUUAGACAAAUUAAGGAUUAUAACUUGUAAAUAUUUCCUUGACAUUUGAAUGUUUGUUGGGUGACAGCAGUUUUAGGCAAACGGCAACGUGACGUUAUUGAUAGUUAUUUCGCUUGUUUAGGUUAAUUCAAUGUUGAAUUUGACGAAAAAAUCACGACGAUAAAAUAACAAAAAUAAAACACAAGCUCUUGUUAAAAAAGAUGUGAUAAUUUAAUUUAUGUAUAAAAGAAUGUUAUUUAUUAUAAAAAAAGUCUUUUUUAACAAAUGGAAGAGAUUUUUUAAAUGUUGAACAUUCACAUUUUGUUAAAUCAAGGAUAAACAUAAACAAGUCAAUAACUUUGAAUAAUAAGCGUCGUCGUAUGAACUUUUGGUAUAGUAUAUAAGUUAAAACCUGUGAUACCUCGUGUUCUUAUAAACAAACUAAUUUGAAAAAACUCAACAUUUUCUGUUUUUUGGGGGAAUUCUGUUUUUUUUAGAUGAAUGUAAGAUUUUGACACAAGAACAUACAGAACAUUGUUCACGCCAACUGGGUGUAAAUACGUGAAUUAUUCUGUCUACGAGUUAAAUAAUUUGUUGAUUUGAAUGUUGUGGAUGUUUUGUUUAGCUACAGAUCGAAAUAUUGAAACUCUUCAUUUAUUAGAGCAUUUUGUAAUUCCUUGAAAAUGUUAUGUUAAGCCUUAAUGCUCUCUGAUUUAAUUUUGAAACCUAGUAACUGUACAAAAUUCAGCCCAUACUUCUAGGUUAUCUCAAAACACUACUUGUUUUAUACUGCUAAAAAGCAUCAUUUUCUAACGCAGCUAAGGGUCAGUAUUUUAGAGGUGUGGAUAAAACCUCUGAAUUUCUAAGAUCAUUUCCAAGUUAGACGGUUGUAAUUCCAAAGAUUUUUUAUUAUGGCAAUUUGAAAUCCUGUGGGUAUUAUCGAUAAAACCAGGAUUAAACAAGUCUAUUCAUUACGAAGCACAUUGAAUGAUGAACAGUGACGUGGAUGUCUCGUAAAACUUCUAACUUUGAACUGAUCUUCAAUCUACUCUUUUUCUAUGAAUUACUUCUCCGGGAAAUUUCUUCUGAUUAUUGUUAGUAUAGUUUUGUUGCUUUUUGAAACCACAAUUCGACGUAAUGAUUGAAGUGUUGGUGGAUUCUCCUUGCAAUGUAUGUGAAAUCUUAAAAUGGUGAAAAAAGCAAAAAUGUAUACAGCAAUUUGUGUGGAAUUAUUGACAUGUGAACUCACUUUUCAUUGGUUGAAUGAAAAAAAACAUUAACGAUAAACACAUUUGUAAAUUUAAAUUUUUCAUAACUAAAACAAUCUAAAGUGAUUUUGCAUUUUAAUAAUUACCCCUCUGUUAUAAUUAAAGAUGGUCAUUAUUUAUCUAGUCAAAUUAGCAAUCGAGUAUGGAAUACAGAAUUUCACUCAUACUAUUUCAUUAUUCAUCAAAUAUCCACUAUGUAUAGAUCAAGUUCAAAUACACAGAAUCGGACAUAAUUUCGUAAACUAAACAAAUUAAUUUGAAGGGUAAAGUGGAUGGUCGGUGAAGAUAAAAUUAAAAAAAAAAAAAAAUAAAAAUGUAAACAAAAAAAAUGUUUUUAAUGUCCACUAUUGUUAUAUAAGAUUAGAAUGGAGGCGGAUUAUUUUGUCUGUGUCUGUGUAUUUUGAUCCUGGUUUAUGCACUGGUGAUAUUCAAAUCGUUUAUCAUAUUUAUACUAAGUGGGUAUAAAUGGGUUGAACUGUUCAACAAUUGGUCACAGAAAGAAUUUUGUAUCUUGUCGAAAGUGUUGUUAAUACCGAUCAGAACAAAUUUAUCGGAAUGCUUUUGUGAAUGGUUUUCUAAAUCGAAAACUGUGUCGUUAUUUAUUUAUAGUGAACAGUCAGGCCCAUUUAUUCCACACCCCUCAUCUCAUUAGUCAAAUCUUCAAAACUCACCAAUGAUAAAUGCUUAUUUUUUGUGUGGUCUAAUUUUGACCGUUAAGAUAAAUGAAUGUCCCUUGGUGCUCAAUUUAUUGAUGUUGAGCUCGAAAGUUAGUUAAUAAUACUGUAAAACUGUAUAUAGAUAAUUUUGAUGCAAAAGAUGACUUUAUUGUUCGCGAUUCAAACCGUCCUCAUUCUCAUCAAAAGGAGGUGACGUAGAUGAAUUGGUUUGCCGGUAUAUUGAGCGUAAAAAAUAUUAAUUUUGGUUUGUGUGGUGUUGAUAUGAACUAUUAGUCUGUGCUGGUUUGAAUAGAAAAGAAUUCAGAUAUUAGGUGUUCGAAACCAAAAUGUGUUUUUGAAUGUUUGUCAUUAUUGAAAGACAAUUUGCCUCUACAAAAAUCCCACCUCCAUCUUUCUUGUGGUUUGAGUCGUGAAUGAUCGAGAAAAUAAUGUAAUAUAUUUUUGUACAGAAAUGAACUAUAACUUCCAUGCCUUAAUGUUUAACGGAGAGAAUAAUAGGGGCUGGGAUGUGUUCAUAGACCACAAUAUUUAUAACGAGCGAACUAUGAUACAUUGAACAGGUUCUGAUGUAUCGCAACGUACCAAGCCAAAUAUUAUUUUUCGUUCUGUGAUUUGUGACGUCCCUCUCCCGAACUCUGGACCGAUAAAAUGGCAGUAAAUAGACUGUUUUGAUAUCACUGGGGAAGUGAUAGCUUACUGCUAUACGAUUUAGUAUUAUUGAAUGAUUGUGAAAUAUAAAGACAAUUUUUUUUUUUUUUUGCCGCAUAGCUUGUGGUAUCCGUACACAUAUCGUGAGAAACCUUGUGGAAGUGCCAAGAAUUUAUCCAAAUAAAAGUGUGUGGAUCUUAGUAGUUCGCUGAAAGUUCAAAAGUGUAAAUUCUGUGAAGUGAAUUCCUGCUAUCGAUAUAUUGUAAUGUACUUGAAAGCCAGUAAAGAGAAAUCAAGCACUUUUCAUCAAAUACAGGUGCAUUUCAGAAAGGGUGCCGAGUGACAUUUGACCCUGAAGUUAUGUAAAUACGAAGUUUGAUGCAAGAAAAACUUUGCUGCGGUGCAGUCCUUGUCAUCCAAUCAUCUCAAUGCAAUAUAUUCAAAAGGAAAAAGGACCUUUAUCAUUAGAAAUAUUAUGAAGAAAAUGUGUUUACUUGUCAUGUGAAAAUUGUGAAAUGAUAACUAGAUUGUGAAUCGUGUCUGCUAGUUGGAAAAAAAAGGAAAAGAUCAAAUAUGGCCGACCAACCGGAGCAGACACAACUUUUGACAUCAUUCCAUGGAUAUGUCGUCAUUUGAGAUAGAGAUUAUCUGUUUAAAAGGGAUCUUCAUAUAUCAUGUAUUUUUAUGUAAUCUGGAUUUUGCUCGAUUGAUUUACCUGCAGCAGUUCUGCACUAUUAUUGGCUAUUUUGAAUGAGGUCACUAUGCGAGGAGUAACUGUGAAAUGCAUUGAAUAGUGAGUGGUUCCACUAUAUUUUGUCGUGCAGUUCUGCAGCUAAAUGAAUCGAGCAUGCAUCGGUCAUAAAUUAUUACUGCAUGACACACUUGAUAAUUUAAGAGGAUCCAUUAACAUUUAGUUUAGACAAAGGUGCAUUUAUUCUUCAAAUCAGACUGGAAUGUGAUGCUUUAAUCGGCUAGACUUCCUUGUAGUUUGAUAAACAAUUGGCACCUUCAAAAAUUUGAAGUAACAUAUUUUAAGAAUGCAGCAUUUUCAUUGGCCACAAACUGAAUCGUUUUGUCAAUGAAAGGCUGGAUGCUUAAGUUUUCGUAUAUGUACAUGUAGUUAAGGCCCCAUUUAAACUGUUUACAAGAAAUGGUUAGUACAUGUACCUGAAAAGUAGUUUUAUUUCGGUGGACAUUCACCCAUGUUUAGAAUAGGUACAUUAACUCUUGUCGGUCAUUAGCAUUCUAGUAAAUUUAUAGUGAAAAACAAAGUAAUUGAAGAUCGGGACCACCUACAUAAUUUGCUAAAAUUAGUUAAUUUUAGAUACUGGCAAGACUUAUCUUGAAACCAGAAAAUAUAAAUUUAAUUGUACACCAGAGGUCCUUAACUUGUAACCAAGAAUCAUUUUCUUGACUAUCUUCCCUUGAAUUUUUAGUUACAUUGUAUUUGUGUAGUGCACAACAGUCCAGUUAUGCAUACCCUAUAAUAAAAAAAGAACUUAAAGUAAGUGACUUUAGGAAAUAUUUCGCUGUAAAAAUAAAUUUAAAUUUCCCGUCGGUUGCUUUGGGAGGGAGCAAGCUAACCGAUUAAUUUAAAAUGCUGUUAGUAACAGCCAUUCAGGCAGAAUAUUAUCUUGAAAGGGGUGAUGAUGUGACGACCUCCCAGGGGCAGCUUUAAAUCCUGCCUUAUUACCAUGACAACUUUUACCAUGGUUACUUGCUGAUCCUGUUUAAGAAAUAUAGUUUAGCCAAGAUAAAUGGUGAAUAUUAACUUGAGGAUAAUUUAGAUACUUGUAGCCAUUGUUAGAUCAGCAUAAUUUGUUUUGGCUCAUAUUUAACUUUUGGAUAUUAAAAUUCACAUUGUGUGAAUGAAAGCUACAUUGUACAUGUAUGUAAAAACUAAAAACCAAAUUACCAUUACCGGGUAAUUUAAAUUGAAAGUGUUGUAUCCCAUUUCUGGAUAUUUGUUACGAAAAGACAAAACCGCGAAGAACCAUCAAAAGCCGAAUGAGGAUUUCAACAAUGUUUUUUUUUUUAAUGGGUUUUUUGGGGGUAUGGGUUGGGAUUGUUUACUUUGGCACAGGGGAAAUCUUUACUAUUAUAAACACUGAUGUUAUUAAAGGUCAUGAAAUUUAUUUAUAAUACGCACAAGUUUAUACAUGUAUGUUAGAGAAUUUGGAUAUGUGACAGCAGAUGUAAGAAUGCAUUUAUUUUGUUGAAGACUUAGCAAUAAUUAAAUGACGAAAUUAUGUUUAGUUCAUCAGAUUUGUUCACUAUUUUUAUCAAUAAUUUUAGAGAACGAAGUGUGAAAAUUUGGGUCGAUUUAAUUUUAGAUUUCAUUUUCUUAAUAAUAUCAGUCAGUUUGACAAAUAAUUGAAAUUCGGGGAGGGAAAAGGGGAUGGGAGGGGUGGGGACAAAACAGUUGGGGUAAUGUUCAGUGAUUGAAAGUUCAGUGAUUGAAAUCAAAACAAUUGACAUCCGUUUAAAUAUAUGUAGAUGGUAGUGUUAGUGAUGACAAAGAAAAUUUAAUUCAUGUUUUGGAUUUAGAUGAAUUUUUCAAUGCAUAAUUCACAGGAAAUAUCAGUCACUGAACAGAACAAUCUCUUCAAAGUUUUGUUAUUGUUAAAUUUGUUGGAUAAAAUGACCAAACCAGCCAAAUAAAAUACAAAUUAUUGUCUGAUUUUGUUAAUUUAACAUUUUGUGAGAUGUUCAUUUAUGUUAAUUUAUAAGGUAAAAUUUUUUUAUACUCAACUCGGAUAUUAGGAUUUAAAGUCAGGGUAGUAAUUCAAAUAUUGAAAUAUUUUAUCUGUGAAAUGUUUAUAUUCACUGUUUCAAUUGGGAGGUAAGGUAUAUUUAAGUUGACAGGUUAUUCUGUCAUUUAAUGAUUUUCAGAUAAAAAAAAACUGAUAAUAAAAAAAAAAAGUGAACAAAUUUUUUCAAUAAAUUUGUGUAGAAGAUGAUAAUUUGUAUUAAUGAGACUGUGUUUGGUCCUAUGUUAACUGUCUAAUGAUGUGUUUAUAUUUUGUAUCGUGUCUGAAUAUUGACUAUAAGCACUGUCUUGCUAUUGCAUUAUACAUGUCGGUUUACUCAUUUAGUAAAUAUAUGUGCAAUUAGAGCUGGGUUUAUGAAAGAAUUGUUUUUUGAGCAUAAUUAAAAUGGCAGAGGAUGAGGAAAGACUCCUUGCUCUGCAGGAAUUGUAUUAUUUUUGAUCUGCAUCGAACUGAAUUUUGUGUACGUGGAAAAAAAUUAAUAUUUUAACAUCACAAUUUGUUACUGAAUGAUAGAUUGUCAUCUUGUAGACCUUUUUGAUAUUUUUUUAGUGAAAAUUUGUGUAAGCUGAAUUGAUCAAAUUAUCUGUGCUUUAUAGUAUAUUCGGCAUACAUGAACAUAUUGUCAUCUGUUCAUAAAAUUGCUCAAAUUUAGUCAAGACAUUCAUUUUAUAUUUAAACUAAAUUAACUUUAUAAGAUAUGUUAUUAGAUUGUGGUCAAAUUAGGCACUCAUAAUUUCAAGAGCUUUAGGAUAUAUUCCAUUUACAUUUUUGUGAGAAAGCCCUGUGCCCUUAUUAAAACUCGAACUGAAAUAUUUGAAGAAUACUGCGAUUUCAUUGGCUAAAUGCGAAAUUCUAGUAGACAUGAGCUCUUAACCAAUGAAAAAGCAGAAUUAGCAAAUUAAAUUUUUCAUAAAAAAAUCACCCAGUUUGUAUAUCAUUUACCUUUAUACCAAAGAUUAAAGACUGUAGGUAGAUUUUAUUGUGCCUUAAUGGUUAUAUCAGACAUGAUGCAAAAUAUCAAUAAACUAUUCCUUCUUUCA